CCAUUUGUUCGCAAAUUUUUAAUAAUUAAACACUUGAUCUUUAGAAAACAACUAGCACCGCUUAUUGACAGAGUGUAGCAUGGACAAGGAUGAAGAUGCUACAGAACCUGUAGAUUUUGAUGUAUCAGUGGUGCUACCAGCAGGUGGGUGUGGCCAGAGGUUCGGUUGUGAUCUACCUAAACAGUACAACAUCCUCCUUGACCAACCAGUUAUACUGCAUACAAUCAAUGCUUUCCAUAGGAUUACCUGGAUAAAGAGAGUAGUGGUAGUUGUGAAUAAAAGUUUUCUGCCAUUUAUGGAACAAUUAGUGCAGGAUAAUUGUCUAGAUAAAGUGGUGCUUGUGAAAGGUUGUUCCACAAGACACAGGUCUAUCUAUGCUGGUGUGAAAUCAUUAGUAAAAGGUGAAGACAAAUCCAGUGUGGUUGUCAUACAUGAUGCUGUAAGACCACUGAUAGAUGAAACAGUAGUGAAGAAAAUUGUGUGUUAUGCUAAGACAUAUGGGGCAUCCGGUGUGACACGCCCCCUUGUUUCCACGGUGAUAUCACCUGAUGAUGAUGGUUUAUUGAAGGAAUCUCUGGACAGGAGUCGGUACUGUGCCAGUGAGAUGCCACAGGGGUUCCAACUGAAAGUUUUACAAACAGCUUAUGAAAUGUCAGAUGAUAAUGAUUUUGACUAUGGUACAGAAUGCCUUUUACUUGCCAUGAAAUAUACAGGGACCAGGGCCAAGUUGUUUACAGGGCCAGACAAUUUGUGGAAGGUGACUCACAGAAAAGAUUUAUAUGCAGCUGAAGCAAUUUUGAAAGAACAGAAUAUAUCAGUUCAAGUUAUAUUUUCAUCGUGCCCGGAGGAUCAAGAUCUGUUGAAGACUGUGUUAUCACAAUUUAGGAGUAAGAUGCUUGUAGUGAAGGAAAAUGAGAGUUCAGGAUCAGUCAGUUGUAACAGUGCUGUGUUCAUAUACUCACACAUUACCAACAGUGCAAUAUCAGAAAAUACCCAAAGUGUUCUCAAACCAACUGUAGACACAAAUGUAACCAUGGAAACUGUUUUAAAGCCAUGUAUUAUUCAUGUUUGUAAUGGGAGAAAAUUAAACAGUGAAGAUACUUUUGAAUUUAUGAGGAUAAUCCGUGAAAUGACAGAAAACUUCCCAGAUUCUCUCAGUUUUGGAAUAUUGAAUUUUAAUAUAGCAGACUACAAGAAGUUAUCAGAUAUGGUGACCAGUCUGAUAUGGAACAGAGAUUCUACAUUGUCUGGACAGACAUUUGUUAUACACUGUAACAAAAAUAACAGAAUCUAAAUUAUAUCUUUAUGUGAUUAUUUAGUCUUUGCCUCCAGUAUAGAACCAGACCAGCCUGUACAUCUAUGUAGUCUGACUAGACUACUGUUGGCUGCUAAGUUUUUUUUUAUUUUGAAAUCCGUUAAACUUUGAAUGGAUUAUUUCAAAUUCAAGAAUCGUUGUGAAGACACUUUACUGGAAUAAUAUAUAUGUAUUUAUAUGUUUUAUAUAGAGUCUUAUUUAAUUAAGGAGUGAUUUUUGCUUCUUUUGUCUUGUUAUACAUGUAUCAUAAUACUCAACAAUAUAUGUUCAUUAUUAUGUUUUGUGAUGUUCAUUGGUGCUUAAAUAUAUCUCUUUGUUAGUUCUUGUAAAUUAAGAUUCUGUAUGAGGUAUUUAUAAAGGUUAAAAGAAUACUGCCUUGUAAUGUAUUGUACAGAUUAUGACACAAACUUUACUGAUGUAGGAAGACCUCAGGUGCCCCUCUCUUUGCAUUAUUUCAAGCAUAAGUGGGCCCCUGUAGUAGAACCAUAGACCUUUCAUGAAUUGAAAUUAGCUGCUACGUGUAUUGUGCAGUUUUUGUUAAAACAAUAUUUUUUUUUAAUAAUUUUUUUCUUUGUUUAUUUUUUUAAUGUUUAAGGUCAGUCUACAAAUUAUCAAUAGCAUUAUCUUAUUAUGUUUGUAAUGUUUAUAUGCUUGAUAUAUAACACUCAAAAUUAAGACUUUAUCAAACACUCGAAAAUAAAGGUGUUUAAUGUGAAAUUCACUGAGUAUAAUAUAGCCAGGUUCAUAGAGUUGCAUAAUUAUCAAAUCUUCAUACACGGUCUGUUUUAAUACAUGGCCAGUCUAUAUUGAUAUUAGUAUUUUAUUAAAUAUAUUUAUAUACAGUCUGAAAUAUGAUAUUUAUAUAUAUGAAUAUAUACAAUGUAUGUAUAUUUUCAAAAUCACCGCUUUAAAAUAGAGCCAUUCGGACCAAAUAGUUCAUAUUUCAGUUACAAGGUUUGUGUUUUGUGUUAUACACUUUUCAUGAAAAGUUUACUGCCAUAGAUCUUUAUGAUUUUUUUUUAUUUUUAUAUAUUUAAUAAACAACUAAAACAUGUAUAUAACAUAGGACCUUGUUGUUUUUUUAUUUGUUUUCUAGAACUAAGGUUAUUCGUAAACUUGUUAGUGAUUUUUCACCGUCUUUAAAAUCAUUCAGCUAUCCCAAAAAAUCUGAACUUACACCAGCUGAUUUACUGCCCAAAAUAAGCGAUAUUUUCUUUCCCAAAAUCAAGAGACUAAGGCCUCUUCUCAAUUAAGUGAGAAAAACCACUGGUUUUUAUUUUUAAAGAAGUCAUAUUGGAUGUCUCAUUUGUCACGGAGA